AUGUCUGGACGUGGCAAAGGAGGCAAAUCUAAGUCUGGCGGUAAAGCUAAGUCUCGUUCGUCGAGGGCUGGGCUUCAGUUUCCCGUUGGCCGUAUUCAUCGGAUGCUCCGCAAAGGAAACUAUGCUGAGCGCGUGGGUGCAGGUGCUCCUGUCUACCUUGCGGCUGUUUUGGAAUACUUAGCUGCUGAAGUCCUUGAGUUGGCAGGCAAUGCUGCUCGGGAUAACAAGAAGACUAGAAUAAAUCCACGACAUCUCCAACUGGCAGUCAGGAACGAUGAAGAGCUGAACAAACUUUUACAAGGAGUGACCAUCUCGCAAGGUGGUGUUUUGCCAAACAUCCAGGCUGUUUUGCUGCCCAAGAAAACUGCAGAAAAGCCGUGA